UUCUUUAUAAGCCAAACCUUGCUGCUUCAGCUUUCAAUAUUUCUCUCGCCCUUUCCCUCUCUGUCUCUUUCCUCUUCCUCCUUAAGUUCGUACCGUAUAGAUCAACUUUGGGUCUUAGAGCUAGGAGGCUAGGAUUAGAUUGGCACAUCCUUCAACACCAGAAUCUAAGGACUAGGGUCUAAUUUUUCUUCCACUCUUUCUUUUUUAAUCUUUUUUGGUACCUUUUUUGUUUUGGCCUUUGCUCUUUCUUGAGCCCAGAAUCGAAACCAUGAAAAACAAGCCAAAGGUGGAAGAAAACUUUCUAUGGGAUCAAAACAUGAAAAACCAUUUUACGAUUCCAUGGGCCUUCCCAAAGUUAGUAGUUUCUUCCAUCCUGUUAAUUUCUGUUCUCUGCAUCUUCUACACACUGAGCUUCUCGAAUGUUUCAAACUCAUCUAAUCAGGAACUCAAAAUCAUCAAAACCAUUCAUGGUAUUGACCAAGAUAUAAUCCCACCUGUUUCAUCUCCAAAACCAAAACCCCAGGAAAAAACUGGCCUUCAACACAUAGUUUUCGGCAUUGCAGCCUCAGCUCGCUUGUGGGAUCACCGGAAAAAUUACAUCAAACUCUGGUGGAAACCCCAAGAAAUGCGCGGCAUCGUCUGGUUAGACAAGGCCGUCGAAAAUGGAGAUGACGACCAUCUUUUGCCACCAAUAAAGAUCUCAAGGGAUACUUCCGAGUUCAAGUACAUGAACCCGAAAGGCCACCGUUCUGCCAUAAGGAUAUCCCGCAUAGUUUCCGAGACUCUACGGCUUGGCUUGGAAGAUGUGAGAUGGUUCGUUAUGGGAGAUGAUGAUACAUUUUUUGUGCCUGAUAAUUUGGUCAGAGUCUUAUCUAAAUAUGAUCAUAACCAGUUUUAUUACAUUGGGAGCUCUUCAGAGAGUCAUUUGCAGAACAUAAAUUUUUCUUACGGGAUGGCUUAUGGCGGUGGAGGUUUCGCCAUCAGUUACCCCUUGGCUAAAGCUCUUGAAAAAAUGCAAGACAGGUGUAUACAGAGAUACCCACGAUUAUACGGUUCUGAUGAUCGGAUUCACGCUUGCAUGGCUGAGCUCGGAGUUCCUCUCACCAAGGAACGCGGAUUUCACCAGUAUGAUGUGUACGGAAGCCUCUUGGGCCUCCUGGGUGCCCACCCUGUUGCUCCGCUGGUCUCUAUUCACCAUCUAGACAUGGUUCAGCCCAUAUUCCCCAAUGUGAACAUGGUCCAAGCCCUACAACAUCAGUAA